AUGGAUCUUAUCACUUGCUAUCAAUUAACAAUCUUCUUGCUAUCUAUGCAGCACAUAUUCAAAGUGAAUGCAGAUCUACCGCUAUCAGCAGAUAACCAAAAAUCUCAACUUUUGGUAAGUGAUAACGAAUUUGACCAUCUAGCUAGUCCAGUUAUUUCUACUUUGACGGUAGAUACUGCAACACAAUUAUCAACUCAAGCCAUGCAUAAAGUUGAGCAGGGAUCAGUUCCAGCUGGAAUAUAUCUCCGAAUCAGUCAAAAGGGUGUGGAUUAUAUUAUGGAUUUAGCUGCUCAAGCAUUACCACAAUUACUUGAAAAAUCCGAAAUGCCUACAAUUGAACAACCUCAAAUCAAAAUUUCUCAUUUAACUAUUGAUAAAUUUAGUCAACCUACGUUGAAAGCUAAAUUUAUUCCUAAUACAGGUUAGCA